UUGAGCACCUUGAGAGGACUCUGAUGCUCGUUCUGCCUGGUGACCAAUCAUUGUCAGAGAGUUGUGCACAUGUGUCUGGGAAUUCCCAAGAACUUUAUAUUGCCGUUGUUCAAUAAAUAUGUGGCAUUCAUUUUUGAUUGAUAUAUUUGUUUGCUGCUGUCCCCAGAGGUUAUUCUCAGUCUCGGAGUCCAGGGUAAAGUUGUGGCAGAAAGGAUGAAGAUCUAGGAUUGCGUCAGGAAUGCAGGCGGAUGAUCGUUUUGCUCCACUCUGGCGCAGACACGGGGGUGGGGUGCCCGGCUGAAACGGGGAGGAGAAAAAGGAGAGGAGGAGGAGGAGGAGGAGGAGGGGGGUUUGGGAAUAUUCUUUGUCCUCACCCCGCAGUACGCCACACAACUGGAGAAGGACACGGGCUCCUCGCGGAAAAGAGAGAGAGAGAGAGAGAAAACUGGAUGGCUUGAUAUUAGAGCGGGGGGGCUUUAUUUUUAUUCAGGAGAACGCGGAGGACAAGCUCUCGUGAUAGGCGAGAACCCCGAGGAGCCGCCACGCGAAAGCAGAGGGACCCUAAAUCACGACUGAAGGUCUGAGAGGUUCGCUACCGUUCAAGAGGCAAAAUGAGCUGGAGCUUCCUCACGCGUCUGCUGGACGAGAUUUCCAACCACUCCACCUUCGUCGGCAAAAUCUGGCUGACCCUCCUCAUCGUCUUCCGCAUCGUGCUGACCGCCGUCGGGGGUGAAUCCAUCUACUACGAUGAACAGAGCAAAUUUGUGUGCAACACGCAGCAGCCCGGCUGUGAGAACGUGUGCUACGACGCGUUCGCGCCUCUAUCGCACAUCCGCUUCUGGGUGUUCCAGGUGAUUAUGAUCACCACCCCCACCAUCAUGUACCUCGGCUUUGCCAUGCACAAGAUCGCCCGCAUGGAUGACAGCGACUACCAGCCCCGGAAGCGGAUGCCGAUAGUGAGCCGCGGCACCAACCGGGACUACGAGGAGGCGGAGGAUAACGGGGAGGAGGACCCGAUGAUCUUGGAGGAGAUCGAGCCCGAGAAGGAAAAGGAAGUGGUGGCGAAGCCCAGCAAAAAGCACGACGGACGGCGGCGCAUCAAGCGCGACGGCCUGAUGAAGGUCUACGUGUUUCAGCUGCUGUCGCGCGCCAUCUUUGAGGCCUCGUUUCUGUUCGGACAGUACAUCCUUUACGGGCUGGAGGUGGUGCCGUCGUACGUGUGCACGCGCUCCCCCUGCCCGCACACGGUGGACUGCUUCGUCUCCCGACCCACGGAAAAAACCAUCUUCCUGCUCAUCAUGUACGGCGUCAGCUGCCUGUGUUUGCUCUUCACCUUGCUGGAGAUCCUUCACCUCGGCAUCAGCGGCAUCCGGGACUGCUUCUGCACGCCCCGGCCUCCCAGCCCCCGGCACACGGCCCCGUCCAGUCAGAGGUCGUCCAUCUGCCGCCAGCCGUCGGCACCUCCAGGCUACAACACAGCUCUGAAGAAGGACCCGUCGGGGAAAAUGGCCUUCCGAGACAACCUGGUUGACUCGGGUCGCGAGUCGUUUGGCGACGAGGCGUCAUCGCGGGAGCUGGAGAGGCUCCGGAGACACCUAAAACUGGCCCAGCAGCAUCUGGACAUGGCUUAUCAGAACGGGGAGAGCAGCCCGUCGCGGAGCAGCAGCCCCGAGUCCAACGGCACCGCAGUUGAGCAGAACAGACUGAACUUUGCCCAGGAGAAGCAGAGCGGUACAUGUGAGAAAGGUCUCCGUGCAUAGGUUCUCGUGAGCCCGGCUGACACUGUAGACUUGAAUUCACAUCAGGAUCAGCGAGAGGACGUAAGGGAAUCAAAGUGCGUGUGACAUUUGCUUGAGGUGGAUGAAGUCAGCCCAAGCCUUCCAGUGUUACGACCAGCCGCGGUCGGACACCGAGUCAGACGAGAAGGGAGCGGCCGCCUCGAACCCAGCAAUACUUGAGACGCUUGUCUGAAGAUCCGAAGUGCUUACAAACUACCGUCGUACAGCAAGAAAUGGUUUCCGGUGAACAUGUACUUCUCCCUCAGGGCAGCUAUUUUUUUUUUUAAUACUUUUAUUAUGAGACUUUAGAGCUAUUAGUCUUCUUUUUUUUUGUGUGUGUGUGUGUGUGUGAAGAGUUUUUCCUCCGUUGGAAGUCCUCAGUGAAAUGCAUCUCAAGUUUGCCUUUGACCUAAACUGGAACUCUCAUUUUAUGACAUUUUGUUACGGAAUGGCCUAAACCAGUUGUAGUGCAAAAAAAA